AAAUCAACUCCCAGUCAGCGUUCAUUCCGCUCUCCCGCAAAACCUACCACAUCUCUGAAUUAGAGAUUAUGCGUUGGAUUACAACUCAAAUUUUGGGCUAUCAGGGAGAUAACACUCGAAAUCAAACCCUGAGGGUCUUCAAUGCCAAGCACCCACGCUAUUGUAAGCAUUUUCCCUGCAAACCUAAGGGCCUGAGCUCGAUCAAUGGAUGCUUCAAUGUACAUGUACAUACUAUCCAGAUUCCUCAUAGCUUGAUGCUCGAUAUAACCUGUUGAAAAUAUGUGUCGGGCACCACUUGGACCACUUGGACCACUUGGACCCCAGGGUCUAUCUCGUUCUGUGCACAUCACUCCCUCCAACGAUCCCAAGGAUACUUCAGCUAGCUAUCCUAGUCUACAUCUCGAACUCAUGCGCUGGCGGUUCGUGACCGCCUCGAGAUCGAGGCUAAGUAAUUUAUACGUCAGUAUAUUGGGAAAAGCUGGUCUUAGGAAACAUUGACAAUAUCCGCACUGUCCAUGAUGUUAAACCCGCCUCGGUCGGAUGGGAUCUGAUAUGAUAUCAGGGUGGCCUAUAUAUCUAUGAGCUUAAGGGACAGGCAGUCCCAACACAGCUGCUGCCGCCGCUGUUGGAUGCGGCGGAUAAAAAGUGUGUCGUUGUUCGUGCUGAAGGAGCGACAAUCCUCGCAGUAUUAUUCCCUUUCCCUACCAUGACAAUUGCUGGACCAUGGGCUCCUUCCUAGCCAUGGUGUGCACAUGUCUAUCAUCUAUCUAUCUCCUCAGAAGAUAGUGCUCUAUGUUUGAUCUGGUACGUUAUGGAUGCCUACAGCUAUAGCGUCUAUAUAUGAUAGCUAUACAUAGCCUUCAUAUAUACAUUUCGCACACUCGUUUUCACCUACAGCUACUUCCACUGAAAUUGCCAGCGGAGGUUUCUUUACAGGACACAUCCCAGCAGAGAAACUGUGGAUAUUAGAACGCUCGCUAAAUACCCGCUACCGUAUCCUGCAAAAAUGCUCAUACUCUUUCAUGCGCUACUGACGCUCUUUCUGCCACUAGGCGUAUUCGCCCAAACUGAAUGCAAUGGACGCGCGGAUUAUUGUGACCGUCGCUACUCAGAAUUAUCGUUCGUCGGGGCUCAUAACUCACCGUUUGUGGGCUUCCUCCCGCAGCACAACCAGGAGAUAUCAGUAGUCAGCCAAUUAAACCUGGGUGUACGGUAUUUGCAGGGCCAAACUCACCUGAAUGCGAGAGGCAAAUUGCGCAUGUGUCACACUUCGUGCUUUCUAGAAAACGCAGGCGGCCUCGAUACAUUUCUUCGCAAGGUGAAGGGUUGGCUCGAUGACAAUCCGGACGAAGUGGUCACGCUCCUCAUUACCAACGGAGACAGGUUGGACAUCUCCCGAUUUGACGAAUCUUUCAGGAAUAGUGGCAUUGUGCCAUAUGCCUUUGUUCCCUCGUCAUCUCCGCAUAAACUUCCCCUGGAUGAAUGGCCAACUUUACAACAGAUGAUACAAUCUGACAAACGCCUUGUCGUAUUCUUAGAUUAUGGGGCCGAUAUGAGGAGGGUGCCUUACAUUCUCGACGAAUUCUCAUACUAUUGGGAAACGCCCUUCGACACCACCGAUCCGCUCUUUUUGCAGUGCAAAAUUGAUCGCCCACCUAACGCGAACCCGGACGAUAGGAUGUAUAUCGUGAACCACUAUCUGGAUAUAGAAAAGGUCGGCGUUUUGUUUCCUGACCGGUUGUCAGCACCAAGAACCAACGCUCCGACUGGGAAAGGAAGUAUCGGGGCGCAAGUUGAGCUGUGCACAUCAAUCCACGGUCACAAGCCUAACGUCGUUCUUGUUGACUUUCUCAAUCAAGGUGAUGUACUUCGAGCGCAGGAUAUGAUGAAUAUAGUUUAGGGUAUCCCGUGGUUGUCGGUUGUCUUGGUUGAUUCUUAUGUUUCUCCUAUACUGUUCCGUGUCUGGUGGAUCGGAUAUCCAUCGAUUUGCAGUGGUAAAAGUUACUUUCGGCUUCGGAGCCUCGUUGCAAAUGUUUGGGUUAACAGGAGAUAUCGGUCUAGGCAUUCUUCCAAGGUUAUUCUGAGUUGUCCCUUUCCGGUCCUUAUUCAUAUUAUUAGUUAAAAAAUGCUAGCUCCGCGUUUGACAUGCUGGCCGGUUGCCUCAAAGGAAUAACCCAUGUAAAUUCAUCACACCUUUAGGGAUGUACUCCUUGUGCGGCGAGCCAUUCAUAUUUGGCUACCCUAAAAGCACUCCUUGGUACCCAAAUCAUGCUUGGUAUACAACUCUUCAGGCCAUUAUAAACGCAUCUGUA